AUGGCCGUUCUUGACCUCCUCCUGAGCCCCUACACUCUCGCCCUCCUCCCCAUCCUCUUCUACCUCCUCCCCUACCUCCGGGCCCACCAAAUCCGCUCCAUCCCCGCUCCCUUCCCCGCCGCCUUCUCAAAUCUCUGGCUCCUCUACCAAGCCCGCCGCGGAAGACGCUAUCUCGCCGUGCACAAAGCCCACGAGACCUAUGGCCCCCUCGUCCGCAUCCAACCCUCGCACGUCAGCGUCGCCUCGGCCGACGCCAUCCCCCUCAUCUAUGGUCACGGCAACGGCUUCCUCAAAAGCGAAUUCUACGAUGCUUUUGUCUCCAUUCGGCGCGGCUUGUUCAACACGCGCGACCGGGCGGAACAUACGCGCAAGCGCAAGACGGUGGCCCAUACAUUUAGUGCAAAGAGCGUCGGCCAGUUCGAACAGUAUAUGCAUCAUAAUCUGGAGGAGUUGCAGCGGCAAUGGGACAGGCUUGCCGAGGGGGCAAAGGGCGGCUGGCACGUCAUGGAUGCACUGAAUUGGUUCAAUUACCUGGCCUUUGAUGUCAUUGGCGAUUUGGCGUUUGGAGCCCCCUUUGGCAUGUUGGAGAAGGGCAGGGAUGAGGCAGAGGUCAAGAUGAGCAAGGACGCGAAGCCCACAUAUGCGCCUGCGAUUGAGGUUUUGAACCGUAGGGGUGAGGUUGCUGGGUAUGCUUAUUUCCUUGUCUCUUGUCGACGUCCCAUUCAUCCCAUUCCACUCCCGUUCCACUCCCAUCUCUACCCCAAACCCCCAACCACACCAGCCAGCCUCCAACAAAACACUAAACCCCCUCCCAGGACAAUCGGCUGCCUCCCCGCCCUAAAACCCUUUGCCAAAUACCUGCCCGACCCUUUCUUCAGCAACGGCAUGAAGGCCAUUGAGGACCUCGCCGGCAUGGCCAUUGCGCGCGUGAGUGCCCGACUCGAAGCACCCUCCGACCGCGUCGACCUCCUCGCCCGCCUCAUGCAGGGCCGCGACGAACACGGCGCACCACUCGGUCGCGAAGAACUCACCGCCGAAGCCCUGACCCAACUCAUCGCCGGCUCCGACACGACGUCCAACACAUCCUGCGCGAUCCUCUACCACUGCCUGCGCAACCCGCACGUCGUGCGCAAACUGCAGGAGGAGCUCGAUGCCGCCCUACCAGACGGGAACACGGUGCCGUCGUUUGCCCAGGUCAAGGAUCUAAAGUACGUCGAUGCCGUCAUCAAGGAGACAAUGCGCAUCCAUUCCACCUCGUCCAUGGGCUUGCCACGCGUGGUGCCGCCGGGGCCGGGGAUCACGCUUUGCGGCCACCAUUUCCCCCAGGGCACUGUGCUUUCUGUGCCUUCGUACACCAUUCACCAUAGCACCGAGAUUUGGGGCCCGGAUGCGGAAGAGUUUCGGCCGGAGCGGUGGGAGAAGAUUACCGAACAGCAAAAGGCGGCGUUUGUUCCCUUUAGCUAUGGACCAAGGUCUUGUGUGGGACGCAAUGUGGCCGAGAUGGAGUUGGCCCUUACUGUUAGCACUGUAUUCAGGCGGUAUGAGUUUGAGUUGAGACAGGGGGAGAUGGAGACGAGAGAGGGAUUUUUGAGGAAACCGUUGGGCUUGGAGGUGGGCAUGAGGAAAAGGCCGGGUUUGUAA